CCAACGUUGCUAUUGGUCAACAAUUUGUACAGCAGAGUUCUACAAAUCAUGGUGGUGUUGCUUCUAGAGCUGUAGAUGGUAAUACUAAUAGUAAUUUUAGUUAUGGAUCAUGUACUCAUACAAUAGAAGGAGUGUCUGGUUGGUGGUGUGUUGAUUUACAACAGUUGUAUUAUUUCAACCAAAUUAAAAUAUAUAACAGACAAGACAGGAUGUACUGGGGUGGAUUACAAGGAUUUGAGAUAAAGACAAGUUCUAGUGGUCAGUGUAGUGGACAAGGACUUCAAUCAGCUACAUCAUGUUAUAAAGAUACAACAUCAACAAUACAGUCUGUUUAUAAUGUAACUGGAUGUAAUCAAGGUUCAUCUACAUCAUUUUCUGGUAGAACUGUCUAUGUGUCAACCUCUGAUGCUCUAACAUUGUGUGAAGUUGAAAUAUUUGCAGAUCUAGCACAAUGUAAUACUGGUUACUACAAUACAUCACGUUCUACAUGUCAAGCUUGCAAUACAUGUCGUGAUGACAUGUGUGAUCCCACAACUGGCGUUUGUACUGUGGAUUGUAAAACAGGUUUUUAUGGCGCAACAUGUCAACAGAGCUGUAAUACGUGCCGUGAUAACAGCUGUGAUUCUACUAGUGGUGUUUGUACGGGUGAUUGUAAAACAGAUUUUUAUGGUACAAGAUGUCAACAGAACUGUAGUAAUGGUUGUUUAAACAAUCAAUGUUCUAAAUCUGAUGGUAGAUGUAAUAACUGUAAACCUGAUACAGUUGGUCCAUACUGUAACCUUACAUGUGGCACAGAAUGUCAACCGAGAUCAGACCAGAAUACGACCACUUGUGAUCGAAAUGGUAGAUGUGCUAAUUGUCGUAUAGGAAGAUAUAGUGAUGGAUGUGGUAUGAACUGCAAUACAGGAUGUGGUGGUGGAUGUGAUAGGGGUUCUGGUAGAUGUAUUAAUUGUAUUACUGGAAGAUAUGGUGAAGGAUGUGAUAGGAACUGUAGUACAGGAUGUGAUGGUGGAUGUGAUAGAAAUGAUGGUAAAUGUACAUCUUGUAUUCAAGGUAAAACUGGAGACAGGUGUGAUACUAACUGUAAUACUGAUUGUACUGUUUGUAAUCAGUAUGAUGUCAACUCUUGUACUGAAUGUAAAGAUGGCAAAUGGGGAUCAUCAUGUAAUAAACUAUGUAAUACUAACUGUAAACCAGUAGUAGGUACAACUGUUGGUAAAUGUAAUCAGAUGACAGGACAUUGUAUAAAUGGAUGUGUACCUGGUAAAAUAGGAUCUAAGUGUACAACAGCUUGUGAAGCAGGCAGGUAUGGUGAAAACUGUACCAGUAAAUGUGGUAACUGUGCUGAUGAAACAACAUGUGAUGUAAUUACUGGUAGUUGUGGAAUUGCUGGUUGUGCUGAUGGCUUUCAAGGCUCAGCCUGUCAGGACCGUUUGUCUUGCUGUACAUGUUCAGCAUUAAGUCCCGUGGUAUAUGUUGUAAUUGGUUUGCUAUGUGGUAUACUUGGCUCGGUAGCAGUCUUCCUGUCAUAUCAUUUCUACAAGAAAAGGCGUCAAUCGAAUAACCCAAAGGACGACACUGUUCCUGAUUAUGUUUACAGUAAUACAGAUUUAAACCUGACUAGUUCUACAACAGAUGAUACAUUAACCACUGGAUAUCAGAAUAUUCCAACUAAUACACGUAAUGUAGAAUAUGAAAACCAGUCGUUUAAUACAGAAGACAAUACGAGAACUUUGUAUGACACUUUAGAUCACACACCAGAUAGCACACAGCAUACAUACACAAUUUUAGAUUGUAACAAAAUCAAAUAGAUAAAAUGCUAUAGAUUUGUAUGAUAGUUUUAUCUCUAUAUAGCAUUUGUAUUAAAGUAUCUCUAUAUUAAAGUAUCUAUAUCAUGUGUAAUGUAUCAUACAAUACAUAUUAUACAUCUAUAGAAUCUAACAUGUUAGAGAUACCUAAAUAAAACAUGAUAUAUAAUAUACAUCUACAGAAUCUAACAUACUAGAGAUACGUAAAUUAAACAUGAUAUAAAUUGAGAUAAAUUUUACGUAAUUCAAGAAAUACUUCAAUAAAAUAUGAUAUAUCGAGUUUCUUUUUUUAUUAAUACUUCAUGCAUUAUUAUUCCAUUUGAUGUCAUUUAUAAAAAAAAUGAAUAUUUGUAUAUUUAUAGAUGAAUAUGUCUUUAACAUUAACAUUUCAUGUGGACGUAUAUUGUCGUCGCACUGUCCGUCUGUCAACAAUUUAUUAUUGGACAGUCUAUACAGGUCACAAUUUUAAUCCGAUUUUGACGAAUCUUGAAAUAUCGGUUUAUCUCUAAAAGAUUUUGGUUCGUAAAUUAAACAUGAUAUAAAUUGAGAUAAAUUUUACGUAAUUCAAGAAAUACUUCAAUAAAAUAUGAUAUAUCGAGUUUCUUCUUUUAUUAAUACUUCAUGCAUUAUUAUUCCAUUUGAUGCCAUUUAUAAUAAAAAUGAAUAUUUGUAUAUUUAACAUUAACAUUUCAUGUGGACGUAUAUUGUCGUCGCACUGUCCGUCUGUCAACAAUUUAUUAUUGGACGGUCUACAGGUCACAAUUUUAAUCCGAUUUUGACGAAUCUUGAAAUAUAGGUUUAUCUCUAAAAGAUUUUGGUUCUUUUCGAUAUUGGCAUAGAUUAAUUAUAUCCCUUGAUUGUUAUCGUUUUAGACUGUAACUGCCUAAAUUAUGACCCUUGGUUUGAUGUACGAAGAAUCGCUUUUUUUAGCUUGCGGUCCCGCUAGAGGUCACAAUUAAUAUCCGACUUUGAAAACCGUUCCAAUGUAUCACCGUUACUCCCUAAUGAUGUCUGUGUUCGGAUUUUUCGAAAAUCAGACCAGAACUGCCUUACACAGAUUUUGAUGAAACUUAGAAUAUGUUAAUAUUCCAAGGAUCUAGGUUCCUGUCGACAUAGUGGACUGUAACUUCAUGGAUUAUAGCUCCUGAUUAUACGACAAAAUCGCGUUUUUAGCUUGCGGUCACUCUAGAGAUCAUAAUUUUUAUCCGAUUUUGCGAAAUUCAAACUCAGUCAUCAUCAGAUUGUAAUGAUAUAUUUAUUCGUUUUAAAUAUAUCACCGUACUGAUAGUUGAGUUCGAAUUUCAUGAAACUACCCGACGAAAUGGCCGCUCCAAGUACGUAAACGGUGUUAAAGUAUGUAAAUACCAAGAUUGUGGUCCCUCUAGAGGUCACAAUUUUUAUCGGAUUUUGAUGAAACUUAAAAUAUGUUUAUUUUCCAACGAUUUGGGGUCCUUUCAAUACUUGCGCGUAUCGGACUGCAAAUUUCUGGAUUAUGGCCUCUGACCGUUGUCCAUAUGGCCGUAUCUUGCAUGGCAACCACUUGUAUUUCUAUAGAUGAAUAAUUAUUAUAUGAAUACUUUGUUAAUAUUAUGUUGUAUUAUGUUUAAUCAAUUAUUUUCUAUUUAUAGAUGAAUAAUAUUUUAACAUUAUGUUUUAUUAUAUCAGCAUUAAUAAUAAUCAAUAAAUUUAUAUUUAUAUA